GAACCGCUUUGCUCUUCUCCGAAAUGAUUCAACCUAAAGCAAGCCCUUAAAAUUAUUUUGUUUGGCUAUAUAAGUUGUAAUCAUUUGUAAUAACAUCUUAAGAGAUAAAGUUAAUUUCUGAAACUUGGGUCAUCUUCAACGAUUAACUCCUCCAAAUUAAAGACAACGAAAAAAUGGAACUGGAUUCGGACAACAACUUAUUAAAGACGGGUUUGGUUAUAGUGGCGACACUUGCUAUAUCCAAACUCAUCUUCUCCUUCUUCACUUCCCAGUCCAGGAAGAAGCGUCAUCCUCCCACUCUUCAAGCUUGGCUUCCAUUGAUCGGAAGCCUUAUCCGGUUCUUGAAAGGCCCUGUCGUAAUGCUUAGAGAUGAAUACCCUAAGCUUGGAAGUGUCUUCACAGUGAAUCUUCUUCACAAAAAGAUGACUUUUCUCAUUGGUCCUGAAGUCUCCGCUCAUUUUUUCAAAGCUCAUGAUUCUGUUCUCAGCCAGCAGGAAGUUUACAAAUUCAACGUGCCUACUUUUGGCCCUGGAGUUGUUUUCGAUGUCGACUACACCGUUCGUCAGGAACAGUUUCGGUUCUUCAGCGAGGCACUCCGAGUCAACAAGCUAAAGGCUUACGUGGAUAUGAUGAUUACUGAAGCUGAAGGUUUCUUCUCCAACUGGGGAGAGAGUGGUGAAGUUGAUCUUAAGGAAGAGCUAGACAGUCUCAUCAUCUUGACUGCAAGUAGAUGUCUACUGGGUCGAGAAGUACGUGACCAGCUUUUUGAUGACGUCACUGCUUUGUUCCAUGAUCUUGACAAUGGAAUGCUUCCCAUCAGUGUUCUCUUCCCAUACCUCCCUAUUCCAGCUCACCGUCGUCGCGACCGUGCUCGUGUAAAGCUUUCUGAGAUUUUCUCAAACAUCAUGUUGUCGAGAAAACACUCUGGCAAAUCAGAGAACGACAUGUUGCAGUGUUUCAUCGAGUCAAAGUACAGAGACGGUAGACAGACAACCGAAUCCGAGGUAGCGGGUUUGCUCAUCGCUGCUCUCUUUGCAGGACAGCAGACGAGCUCUAUCACUUCCACGUGGACCGGUGCUUAUCUGAUGAAAUACAAAGAGUACUCGUCCGCUGCCUUGGAUGAGCAGAAGAAGCUGAUUGAGAAACAUGGAGACAAGAUUGAUCACGACAUCAUAUCCUCGGAGAUGAAUGUUCUCUACCGUUGCAUUAAGGAAGCGUUGAGGCUUCACCCUCCGUUGAUCAUGCUAAUGAGAGCCUCCCACAGUGAUUUCAACGUAACAACCAGGGAUGGGAAAACGUAUGACAUCCCAAAGGGUCAUAUCGUUGCAACCUCGCCUGCUUUUGCAAACCGCUUGCCGCAUGUCUUCAAGAACCCGGACAGCUACGACCCGGAUAGAUUCUCCCCGGGAAGAGAAGAGGACAAAGCCGCAGGGGCAUUUUCGUACAUUUCAUUCGGUGGAGGUAGGCACGGGUGUCUUGGAGAGCCCUUUGCUUACCUUCAAAUCAAAGCCAUAUGGAGUCAUUUGUUGAGGAACUUUGAGCUUGAGUUGGUUUCACCCUUCCCUGAGAUGGACUGGAACGCUAUGGUGGUUGGCAUUAAAGGCAAUGUGAUGGUGCGUUAUAAGCGGCGUCAACUUGUCUUAGAUUAACGUGGUUUUUGCAACCUUUGGUUUCUGUAUUUAUCUCUCUCUCUCUCUAGUUUUAGUUAUGUGGUUGAAUGUAGGGAUGUUAACUUUGGGUAAAAUAACCCAGCCCACCCCAACCCACAAAUAACCCAACCCAGUUUAUAUCCAACCCGCAAAAACCCAGAAACAUCAAUAUUGAAAUCCAAACAAAAAAAAAACCCAAUAUGGUAUAGGUUUACCCGUGGGUAUCCAAAGUAUUAUCUUAUUUACUCUGAAGAUCAUGUAAAAUAUUAAUAUCAUUAAUGUGAGCUUUAAUAUAAAAACAAGAUUUUGCAAUUUUA